AUGUCAGGAUUCAUCCAGUCGGCCUCGUCCAGCACUCUACCCUCGACCGGGCAGAGGGACGUAGAGAAGUUUCAUGCCGGUGCGAAUACGGGCACUACAGAUCCCGAUGUCGACCACAUCCACGGCCUUGAGACGUCGCAGGAGACGUCCCUGCACCGUGGUCUCAAGGCGCGACACAUUUCCAUGAUUGCCAUUGGUGGCGCUCUUGGAACUGGUCUGAUUAUCGGAACCGGCGCCGCUCUCGCUACCGCCGGUCCUGGCUCUCUCUUCAUCUCGUACGCUUUCAUCGGAUGCGUCGUCUUCCUCGUCAUGGCCGCCCUCGGUGAGAUGGCUUCCUGGAUGCCUCUCAGCGCUGGGUUCACCGGCUACGCCACGCGAUACUGCCACCCUGCCCUCGGCUUCACCCUGGGAUGGACGUACUGGUUCAAGUACAUCAUCGUCACACCAAACCAGCUCACGGCUGCGGCCCUCGUCAUCCAGGAGUGGGUGGACCCCGACGACGUCAACCCCGGAGUCUUCAUCGCCAUCUUCCUCGUCCUCAUCCUGUGCAUCAACUACUUUGGCGGCAUCAAGUUCUUUGGCGAGUUCGAGUUCUGGCUCUCGUCCAUCAAGGUCGUUGUCAUCAUCGGCAUCAUCUUCUUCUGCAUCAUCAUGGCUGCUGGCGGCGGUCCGGGCCCUGCUACCGGCUUCAAGUACUGGCGCAACCCCGGAGCCUUUGCCCCCUACUCUGGCGUCGAGCCCGACUCCGUGGCCAAGUUUGUCGGCUUCUGGUCCGUCAUGGUCAACGCCACAUUCGCCUAUCUGGGAACCGAGCUCGUCGGUGUCACGGCCGGGGAGGCCCAGAACCCCCGCCGCAGCAUCCCCAAGGCCAUCCGUCUCACCUUUUACCGUAUCCUCUUCUUCUACGUCCUCAGCGUCUUCCUCGUCGGCAUGCUCGUGCCUUACAACUCGGAGGAGCUGUCAUUUGCCAACACGCAGACUACGGGUGCCAGUGCCUCGCCCUUUGUCGUCGCCGCGCGCGUCGCCGGCGUCCAGGUCCUGCCCCACAUCAUCAACGCGUGUAUCCUCAUCUUUGUCUUCUCCGCCUCCAACUCGGAUCUCUACAUCGCCAGCCGCACUCUGUACGGGCUUGCCAGUGACGGCUCCGCACCGGCCAUCUUCAAGCGCACCGAUAGCCGCGGCGUCCCCUGGCCGGCUCUGUUCUUCAGCUCCCUCUUCUGCCUGCUGGCUUUCAUGAACGUGACCGACGACUCCAAGGAUGUCUUCAAGUACUUUGUCAACCUGACCACCAUCUUUGGUCUCCUGACCUGGAUCUCCAUCCUCAUCACCCACAUCCACUUCGUCAAGGCCCGCCGCGUCCAGGACGUGCCCGACAGUGCGCUGGCCUACCGCGCACCCUUCGGCAUCUGGGGCAGCUACAUUGCUCUCUUCUUCUGCUGCCUCAUCUCCCUCACCAAGAACUUUACCGUCUUCAUCGACGACGGCGAUUCCUUUGACUACGCCACCUUCAUCACGGGCUACCUCGGUAUCCCGCUCUACCUCAUUCUCAUCUUUGGUCACAUCAUCUUCAUGAAGAGCCGUGCCAUCCCCUCAGCCCGCGUGGACCUGUUCACCGGUAAGGAUAUCAUCGACCGCGAGGAGGAGGACUUCAUCCAGAAGGAGAAGGAGCAGGCUGUCAACGCCACUGGCUGGGCCAAGUUCUACAACAGAUAUGUUUCGUGGCUCUUCUGA